AGCCGCACAUCAUGGGCUGUGGCCCUUCCCAGCCCUCGGAAGAUCGCAGACGCAUCCCCGCUCCCAAGAAGGUCUGGGAAGAGGGAGUCAAGGCUGAUGUGAGUCAUUCUGGGGAGAACUGCAGGCCCCCAACUGAAGGUGCUUGUACCAAGGACACUGCCAUCAGCCCCGAAAGCCUAGGAAAAGAGUUGGGAAGUUUACCCGGAACCAUUCCAGAAAGUUCUCCACCUCCUAGUGAAAGAAAUGGAAGAGUAAACUCAGAAGACUUGAUGCCUGGUGGAUUAAUCCAUAAACCCAAAGCCCUAGAGAAUCGAGAGCGACAAAAGUCAGCAGACAUCCUGGAGGAAUUAAUCAUUCAGGGAAUAAUACAAAGCCACAGCAAAGUAUUUAAAAAUGGAGAAUCAUAUGAUGUCAUGAUGAACCCGGCUGAUAUGCCCCUGAGAAAGCCGCCAGCCCGGCUGAAAAAACUCAAGCCCACAAAGGAAGAAGCGCUGACAAUGAAGGACCUAGAGGAGAAGAUGCAGGCAGCGGAGGAGCGGAGGAAGUCGAAAGAAGAAGAAAUCAGAAAAAGGCUCCGGAGCGAGCGCCAUCUGCCCCCUGCCCAUCGCUCCAACUCUGCGACACAAAACAGAACCAGGGACGAGGCUUCCUUUGCCAAAGGACAGGACUCUGUGUUGGGACCAGCUGGCCAGCAGGAAGGAAAACCAUCGAAAAGGAAGAAGAGCCAAAGUGACACCCCCUCGAUGGACAGAAGUGACCGUUACGAAGGGGUUGGGUUCGUGGUGGAGUCAGACCAGUCCUACAACCAGCCCGAUGAUGUCUUCUGAGCAGUCUUGUCCCAGGAUGUCGGGAGUGGUCACCUUCUCCCAAGUUGUGACUGUUGGUCUGUCUCCCGUUUCUCUUUGCCUGACCUCACCCCCAUGGGAUUUCUGCCUUGAGCUUAGGAAUGAUUGUAUGCGCUGCCAGGAGCAGCGGUAAAUUGACUAAAUGAAGUGCUUCUGCUUAGAAAAGAUUUGACGAGCUUGAAUAUGAGAGAGCCGCCGCUCUCCUUCAACGCGGUUUCACACAGUGUGAAGAUGUCUUUUAGGUAGAGAUGCCAUCAGCGUAGAGUUUGUGCCAAAUGAAAUCUUUUCCCAAUCCGGCCCCUUGGCUGUGUCGACCCUCUGUCAUCGAUGAACAACGGGAUGACAGUGACACAGUAAUACAGUGAUGGGGGCUGGAGCAAUAGUACAGAGGUAGGGUGUUUGCCUUGCAUGUGGCCGACCCAGGUUUUAUUCCCAGCAUUCCAUAUGGUCCCCCGAGCACCACCAGGAGUAAUUCUUGAGUGAAAAGCCAGAA